AUAUGAUUGAGGUUCAUAAUUGGAAAAAAGUAUAGUCUUUCUUUGUUCUUUACCUAAAUCUAACAUUGACACAAGUGGACAAACGGAUCAGUUUCUUGAGCUAAAUCAGGAGGUUAUUUCAUUCCACUUUUGAUCAAUCUCUUUCUUUUCUUUGGCAUCAUCAUCAAACUUAAUCUUGUUUCUUUUUCCUCUAUUUUUUCUUUUGCACAUCACUUGAUUCUUAAACUAUACCAACUUUGUUGAUUUGAGUAGAUGAUAAAUAAGUUCAUUGCCGGUUGUUGACCUAGUUUUAGGGUUCAGCUGAUUAAUUCAUGCUUGCAAUUGCUCAUCAGUUCAUGUAUUGAUUGGAGUUGAAUUGAUGGGUGUAAAUCGACCGAAAGAUCCUUUUUGUAUAGCUGAUUGAGAAUAUAAAGAUUGUUUCUUUUGGAUUCGGUAAAUCCCGAACAAAUUUAAGAUCUUAGGUGUUUGGAUACAUAUAAUUUCUGUUAAAGAUAAAGUUGGAAGAUGUCAGGAGCUCAAGAUUCAUUAGAGAUCAAGUUUCGAUUGAUCGAUGGAACGGAUAUCGGUCCUAAAAGCUUCCCUGCAGCCACAAGUGUUGCAACUUUGAAAGAAAACAUCCUUUCCCAAUGGCCUAAAGAUAAAGAGAACGGUCCAAAAACGGUAAAAGAUGUGAAGAUAAUAAGUGCGGGAAAGAUAUUGGAGAAUAACAGAACGGUAGCAGAAUGCAAAAGUCCAUUGUUUGAUGUUCCUGGUGGGGUUACAACCAUGCAUGUUCUUGUUAGCCAACCGCCUCAAGAAAAAGAAAAGAAAGUGGCGGACGAUCCAAGAGUAAACAAGUGUGGAUGUGUGAUAUUAUGAGAAGCAACUCCAAGUACAAACAUUGCAUCUUCAAUUGCAGAUAAAGGAUGCUGGAGUUUACAUAACAUGUGGCUGCAUCUAAUGAUUGGUUUGGAUUGGAGUUUACAAAGAAAAUAGAAAAAGAAAUAAGCAAAAUCGGUGAGAUAAUACAUUUCUAUGUAUACAGUUUGGUUUUGGGGUUGUUGUUUUGAAUAUUUUGUUAAAUUCUGUGAAUUUAAAACUGGAAAAUUUCUUGACAUUUGAUUCAAAGUGUGAUUAGACUUGAAUGAAAACAAAAUAUAGUUGCUUUUGUGUAA